UCUUCUUCCAAUUUUCUCGCCGCCAUAAACGGAAUUCAGUAACAGAGCAUUUUCUCUCUCUACAAACUCACAACAAUGGCAAUCCUCCGGCAUCUCUCAACAGUAACCACCUUUCUCCGUCGCCGGAAAACACCAUUCACAAUUCCGAUUCAUAUCAGAAACAUGAGCAACAUACCUGAAGACACCGUCUACGGUGGUCCAAAACCUCAAAACCCUAACCACAGAGUAACCUUAACAAACCUCCGUCAAAAGCAUCGGAAGGGAGAGACGAUAACUAUGGUCACCGCUUACGAUUAUCCAUCCGCCGUACAUGUUGAUACUGCAGGUAUAGAUAUUUGUCUCGUUGGCGAUUCGGCUUCCAUGGUUGUUCAUGGCCACGAUACUACUCUUCCGAUUACUGUUGAAGAAAUGCUUGUUCAUUGUCGAUCAGUGGCCCGUGGAGCGAAGACACCACUUCUUAUUGGUGAUCUUCCCUUUGGAAGUUAUGAAUCGAGUACUGAUCAGGCGGUUAAUACUGCAGUUAGAAUCCUAAAGGAAGGAGGAAUGGAUGCAAUCAAAUUGGAAGGGGGGUCACCCUCGAGAAUAACAGCAGCCAGGGCAAUUGUUGAGGCAGGAAUUGCAGUCAUGGGACAUGUCGGUCUUACCCCACAGGCUAUUAGUGUUCUUGGAGGUUUUCGUCCACAAGGAAAAAAUAUCGCUAGUGCUGUGAAGGUUGUGGAGACUGCCUUGGCUUUGCAGGAAGCUGGUUGUUUUUCUGUUGUUCUUGAGUGUGUUCCUGCACCUGUAGCUGCUGCAGUUACAUCUGCUCUUCAAAUCCCUACAAUUGGCAUUGGAGCUGGGCCUUUCUGCAGUGGCCAGGUGCUAGUUUAUCAUGACUUGUUGGGAAUGAUGCAACACCCACAUCAUGCUAAGGUAACUCCAAAAUUCAGUAAACAAUAUGGAAACGUGGGAGCUAUGAUCAACAAAGCUCUAAUGGAGUACAAAGAAGAAGUAACAAAUGGUUCCUUCCCAGGACCUUCACAUAGCCCAUAUAAGAUCAAUGACAGCGAACUCGAUGGUUUUAUGAAGGAAUUGCAGAAGUUAGGUUUUGAUGAUGCUGCAUCUGAAGCUGCUGCUGCAGCUGAGAAGAUGACCACCACCACCACCCCGGUUGAAGCGUCCUAAGUGUUUUUUUUUCGAAGUUCCAGAGUUUUCUAGUCUACAUCGAUUAGCCAAAGAAAACGGAUAUAGUUUUGAUUUUAAUACAUUAGUGGCCUAUUUUGGAAAUGUUUAAUGUUAUAUGCAGAUUUAGUACGAGAAUAUGCAGUUUCAGGUUCUUCAAACGGAGGAGGUUUCUGAACUUGAAUGCGACAAUAAGAACUUCGUUCAUUCAAAGGUACAUGAGUCUUCAGCAUAUUAGGAAAUUCCUAGCUUCAUCAUAGCAUUCAUUGAUCUGACUGACCUCUUUAAUUUUGAUCCUUGUUUGGUGCUUAAAUUCUUUUUUAAUGAAUUAGUGGAUGGAACUA